UGGUGGAAUGGAACUCAACCAAUUUCUGGUACAAUCAUCAGUUGUACUGUGCCUGCUGACUGUGUGGUGGAAGGAAGUUCAGUCACUGUCACCUGUACCAGAUCUCUGGACCUAACUCAACAGAGCAGGAUACAAGUUAACACUGCAGAUGGUUUUGCCACAGCCCCAGCCGACUACACUACACUCAACAUACCUGAGAACCGACCAAGCUUCUUUGCCGGCAAUAUUCUGAACUACAGAGGAGGGAGCAGACAGGAUUCAGUGAUAUCAUUUGACAUCCAAACUACAGCAGACAGUGAUGAUACAGAGCCUCAAGAGACAUUCUUCCUCAAUGUCUCCCCUGUGAGGACGGUCAUUGUCCUGACAUCACGAGUUACCAUUACCAUUUGUGGAGGAAUCGUUUCUGAGGUUGACUGCUGUUUGAUUCUGAAUGAGACGGAGAAUGUUGCUGUGGAGUAUAGUGGAUUAUCACCAGGGACUACAGCUACUUUCACCUGUCCUUCUGGUUUUGAAUUGGUUGGAGCAUCAACUCUAAUGUGUGGGCCCAGUUGCCAGUGGAGUGAUCUGCCACCUACAUGCAGGCCUUUAUGCUGCAUGUUAACUCAUCCUGACAAUGGUAUGCUGACACUGACUGGGACGUCUAUUGGAGACAGUGCAAAUUACUCCUGUGAUGAAGGGUUUAACCUUGUGGGACCCCCGGCUCUCACAUGUCAGAGUAAUGGGACGUGGGAUAAUCCUGCACCCAUUUGUCAGUCUGCGAAUGUGUUUGUUUCAUUCAGUCCAACUCUAUACACUGUAACUGAAGGAACGAAUCAAUUUGUAGAACUUAUCGUUACAAGAACAGGAAAUCUUAGUGUGUACACAGAAUUUACCGUUGCUACAUAUAACGGCACAGCUGAAGCUGGAUUGGAUUACACAAUGACAGAGGUGGAAGGUGUCUUUGAUGCUGAAUACACUGUGGCUGUAGUUACUGUUGCAAUACUGGAUGACCAUGUGACAGAAGAGGCCGAGAUAUUUAUUGUGGUCCUGUCUAGUUCCGCCCCAAACGUUGUAAUUGGUAGUGGAAAUACGUCUUUUAUUGUAAUUGUGGACAAAAAUGGUAAGUGUUUAAGCUAUUUACAAUGCUUUUAUAGUUACACAAAAAGCUGCAGUUGUAUGUCCAAACCUUACUGAGCCCGGCAACGGUGGUGUAGUACUGUCAGGAGUUUCUUUGGGUGAUACGGCCACUUUCACUUGCACCAACGGAUAUGAGUUAGUAGGAGACUCAGUUCUGUACUGUCUCAGUGGUGGAACGUGGGACAACUCACCCCCUGUCUGCCAGGGUCCUACUGUGUUCUGUCCAAACCUUAUGGAUCCCGCUAAUGGUGAAGUGAUUCUGUCAGGAGUUUCAGUUGGCGACACAGCUACUUUCACCUGUAACGCUGAGUUUGAAUUACGUGGAGACUCAGUUCUUACCUGUCUCAGUGAUAUAACAUGGGACAAAACUCCACCAGUCUGUCAGGGGCCUACUGGUACGACGUAAUAUGCUGUUAAAUCCUUACAGUGAUUCGCAUUUUCAGUUUUGUUUCAACCAACCACUUACACUGUGACUGAGGGAGUGGAUGAGGUGGUGGAGCUGAUCGUUCUAGCUGAAAAUAUCAAAACCAGCACAAUCACCGUCAAUGUAUCAUUCUUUCCAGGAUCAGCUCAAGCUACACAAGAUUUUAUAGCAAGCUCUAAAUUAAUUGCCCUUGCUCCUGGAGAGACAGAAGACAGAGUAAAAGUCCCUAUCAUAGAUGACACUAUUGAAGAAGAUGCAGAGACAUUCACUGCAGUAUUAUCUGUUUUGGAGAUAACUGUAGAUGUUCCUGCUGCAGUGGCCACUGUAACUAUUAUUGACAAUGAUGGGAAUGAUUCAGAAAAGCAAAGCACCGGAACUAUAGUGACACUAUCAGUGAUCAUCCCUGUGAUAAUAUUGGCUUCAGCCAUCAUUAUCUCUCUGUUAAUUGUGUUCUUCUAUCAGAAAAAGAGGAGACAGCACCCCAAUCGACCACCUGUAGAGAACAUUUAUGUUGAUCCCAGCACUUUCUGUCGACAGGAACCAACGAGUGAAAAUCCAGCUGAUAAUUUCCCGCCAAAACCCCUUCUGCAGCAUUCCUCUCAGCUUCUGGCUACGGAAGCCAAGUACUCUGCCGAUACUAAAGUGUGACAGGACACAAUCAGAGACUGUUUUUUUAAAAAUAUAGCUAACAAGAAUGACAUUUACUUUGGUAUAACUUAACCACGAACCUCCUUAUUGCCAGAGAGGUUUUGUGGUAGCUAGCUACCAAAACUGUAUAGCUACAUACUCUUUGUACAUAAAUGUUUAAAAGCAAGGCUUUGAAUUAUGUCAGCUAUCAGUUCAGUGUGUGAGGAUGAUUAGGUUUUGUGUGCAUCACUGUGGCGAUUUGCAAGCACUUGUAAUGCUUAUGACAUAUGACCUUUUGUGAACACAAAUUAGUCCCUCAUUGAGUAAACCCUUGGUGUUGGCUAAAGCAUUUACACCACUAAGGUAG